CAGUUGUGCGCGCGCAGCGUCUAACUGAGGACGCAGGCACAGACUUUCCUCAACCGUCGCUGGGCAGGUUAAGGGUCACUGAGGACGCCGAGCUUCUUGCUCUUCGGCGGCCGACCGUCCUGCAGCCAUGGCUUUGGCCACAGAUGCCAAGCUGGAGUCAGACACCUUUCAGGUGCUUCAGGACGUGGCCAAUCGCCUGCGAAUCCACUCCAUCAGGGCCACGUGUGCCUGCAGCUCUGGCCAUCCCACAUCGUGCUGUAGUGCGGCGGAGAUCAUGGCUGUGCUCUUCUUCCAUACCAUGAGGUACAAGCAGGCAGACCCAGAACACCCGGACAACGACCGCUUUGUCCUCUCCAAGGGCCAUGCCGCGCCCAUCCUCUACGCGGUCUGGGCGGAGGUGGGCCGUAUCUGUGAAUCAGACUUGCUGAACUUGCGAAAAAUUCACUGCGACCUGGAGGGUCAUCCCACCCCACGACUGUCGUUUGUUGAUGUGGCAACAGGGUCCCUGGGGCAAGGACUGGGUGCUGCCUGUGGGAUGGCUUACACUGGGAAGUACUUUGACAAGGCCAGCUACCGCGUGUUCUGCCUCAUGGGGGAUGGUGAGUCCUCUGAAGGCUCCGUCUGGGAGGCCUUGGCCUUUGCUUCCCACUACAACUUGGACAAUCUCGUGGCAAUCUUUGACGUGAACCGCCUGGGACAAAGCGGCGCAGCACCCCUGCAGCACUGUACAGCCGUCUACGAGAAGCGCUGCCAAGCGUUUGGGUGGAAUACUUACGUGGUGGAUGGUCACGACGUCGAAGCGCUCUGCCAGGCCUUUUGGAAAGCAGCUCAAGUCAAGAACAAACCUACUGCCCUGAUUGCCAAGACCUUCAAAGGUCGAGGUAUUCCAAAUGUCGAGGAUGCAGAAAAUUGGCAUGGAAAGCCUCUGCCGAAAGACAGAGCUGAUGGAAUUGUCAAGUUAAUUGAGAGUCAGAUACAGACAAACCGAAACCUCACACCGAAGCCCCCUGUUGAAGACUCACCCCGGAUCAGCAUGUCCAAUACAAAAAUGGACUCUCUGCCUGCCUACAAACUGGGAGACAUGGUAGCUACUCGCGAAGCAUACGGCGUGGCCCUGGCUAAAUUGGGCCAUUCUAACCAAAGAGUUAUCGUUCUAGAUGGUGACACAAAAAACUCUACCUUUUCAGAGGUAUUUCAGAAAGCGCACCCUGAGCGUUUCAUAGAGUGCUUUAUCGCUGAGCAAAACAUGGUAAGUGUGGCCCUGGGGUGUGCCACACGAGGACGAACUGUUGCUUUCGUUAGCACCUUCGCUGCCUUCCUGACCCGAGCCUUUGAUCAGAUCCGAAUGGGAGCCAUCUCUCAAACCAACAUCAACUUCGUGGGUUCCCACUGCGGCGUGUCUAUUGGAGAAGACGGGCCUUCCCAGAUGGCCUUGGAGGACCUAGCCAUGUUCAGAAGCAUCCCCAACUGCACUAUUUUCUAUCCGAGCGAUGCUGUGUCUACAGAACACGCUGUUUAUCUGGCAGCCAACACCAAAGGGAUGUGCUUCAUUCGUACCACCCGGCCCAAAACGGCAGUAAUCUAUACAUCCGAGGAAAACUUUGUGAUUGGACAGGCCAAGGUGAUCCGCCAGAGUGCGGUCGACAAGAUGACAGUUAUCGGAGCAGGGGUUACUCUGCAUGAAGCCUUAGUAGCUGCCGAUGAGCUUUCUCAACAAGGGAUUUCUAUUCGUGUCAUUGACCCGUUCACUAUCAAACCUCUGGAUGCUGUCACCAUUAUCCAAAGUGCCAAAGCCACAGGUGGCCAGAUCAUCACCGUGGAAGAUCACUACCGAGAAGGUGGCAUUGGGGAAGCUGUGUGUGCAGCCAUCUCCAAAGAGCCGGACAUCAUCGUUCGUCAACUUGCAGUAACAGAAGUGCCUCGAAGCGGGAAACCUAGCAAGCUACUGGAUAUGUUUGGCAUCAGUGCCAGACACAUUAUAGCAGCUGUGAAAGAUACCUUAAUGAAAUGAAAUAGCCCACUUCUUCAUACAUCAAGGUUGUUGGCUUUGGUCUUAAACUCUUGAUAUCUUUGUGUUGCAUUUAUGCUUGUUGUUAUAAAAAUAUCUCUUAUAUUUAUAUAUUUUUUCAAGUAUCACUAUGUAACACCUUUAUUUCUACUAAUAAGAAAAACAAACAAACAAAUCCUGAGCUAACUUUCUGUUAAAUUAACAAAUGCCAUUCUUGUUUUUUUUAAUUGUUAUGGUGAAUUUUUAAGCUUCAAAGUAGACAAAAACACUUAAUUACAAAGUUUUAUAAUAAGAUUCUAAAUAAUCAACUGGAAUGAGGAUAAUGCACAUCUUUAUCAAAGAGCUUUUUCAAAGAUAAAGAUUAACUUUAUCAAAUGUGUAUAGUUGCUUUUUUGUUGUUUUGUUUUUGUUUUUUGUUUUUUGAGGGGAGUUAAGGGAAUGUGAAUUAAAUUGCAGACUUCAUUCUGAAGCCCAUUGGAGCACUUGCAUGAUGACAGUGCCAUUCUAGCCUUCUUUUUCCAGGUUACCGUGGGAUUUCCUCCACAGUUCUACUUCAUGUCCCUUCAACAGGGACAUCACUUUUGAGUAGCACUUUUCUAUAAUAAAAUGAAGGUGUGGCUAGUUCUAGUUUAUGCAUUGCAUGUUAAUACAAUGGUUUGUGGAAAAGGAGAGGUUUUUUGUUUCCUUAUGCUAAUCAAACUACUUUGUUAACUUUAUUAUAUUCAUCUAUAGUGAAUAAUAGAUGUGAUAAAAAAAAGUCUUUAAAGGA